UAUCACGAAAAACGCGGUCGUGGCCGUUCUCAGGUUUUUCUCCGCGAAAAGUGAAAAGAGGCAAAUAUACUGCCAUCUACUAUAACAUGAACUUACAUUAGGCGCAUAUCGUUAAUUUUUCGUGAUAAACUAACAUCAUGUAAGGCACAUUCAUCGUACGCAUGUGCUGAGGGAACGGAUUAACGAAUUAUAACGAAACCACCCGCAACAGUUGGGAACAUUCGUAGAACGUCAGAAAUUCGAUGUUUCCGUAACGAUGGCAAUGGCGUCGCCGGCGAGCGAGGAACAAUACCGACACGAACAAGAGGCGUUCGUUUCCAAUCACGGAGGUACGACGCCGCAAGAAAUUAUUUGCACACUUCUGCCGAACGUUUGCGGUGUCCUGUUGACAGCGACGAUUCUGGCAGUCUCUAGGAAUUAUACCCACAGGAACGUCCGAGUCCUCAUAGAGUUCGUGCUGACUGUCAUCCCGACUGUUUUGUGUUGCACCGUACUGUCGGAGCACGUCGGUGUCGUAUGCAUCGUAAUGAUAUCCAUUUCCGUAGUAAAUAUAUUACUACUCGCAAGUAGGGGGAUUAAUCUUCCCGGUUCACCUAUGCGGCCGGUUACCGGCAAGAGGCCUUUCAUAACCAAUUUUCGCGCGUUAACCAAUAUAAUAACUGCGAUUUGCGUAUUGGCCGUCGACUUCCAAAUCUUUCCCCGAAAGUUCGCCAAGACGGAAACGUUUGGAUACAGUUUAAUGGACACGGGCGUCGGACUGUUUAUAUUCGCCAAUGCGCUGGUCGCACCGGAGGCUCGAGACCUCUCCGUCCAUCGUCAAGGGGGCUUUCGAGAAACUAUACGAAGAAAUAUGAAGAAUUGCAUUCGUAGUUGUCUGCCUCUCUUGUUGUUGGGAUUCGGACGUUUUGCUAUUGUCGAAUAUACAGCCUAUCAGAAACAUGUCACUGAGUACGGGAUUCAUUGGAAUUUUUUCAUAACUCUGGCCGCGGUUAAAUUGUUCACUGGUAUGAUCACCAGCACGAUUAACUCCGAGUAUUCGCUACUCUCAGGUAUUUGGAUAUUAGGAAUGCACGAGUACAUUAUAAAUACAACGGGCUUGAAGGAGUGGGUUUUGAGCAACGAGCCAAGGAAUGAUUUCUUUUCCGCCAAUCGAGAGGGCCUAAUAUCCAUACCCGGUUAUGUAGGAUUGUACUUUAUUGGUGUGGCCGUCGGGAGAUUGAUACAUUCGACAUAUCGAAAUUCACACAGGGAGUACAUGUUGCACCAUACUCAUAAGGAUAUUUCUAUGAAGCUGUUUGAUCUUCAAUUGGACGCGAGCUACAAUGAGUCAAUGACGUUGUGUAUCAAGUUAUCUUUGAUAUCCGCGCAAGCUUGUAUUGCGACAUUAUUCUGUGAUAUGUAUUUCAACGUCUCGAGGAGACUAGCUAAUGUCGGGUACUGUGCAUGGAUAUUAACAUUAACAACUGUUCUGCUUACUCUCUUGCUACUUGUGGAAAUUGUGUUAGACAUAAUUAACUACGCGGUGAGUGAAUCACGCGCUGAGAGCAGGACGGAGAGAUUGCGUAAAAAUUUACGGUUGAAUUUAAAGAAACAUGUGGAAAGUAAGGGAGAAGAAGACAAAGAGUGUUUAGUCAGAAGAACCUUGGAGAUUUUCGACGCUGUUAAUUACAACGGCCUAUUCUUCUUCCUUUUCAGUAGCCUUUUGACUGGUCUUGUCAAUAUGUCAGUGUAUACAUUGUACACAAAACAAACGAUAGCUCUGUUGAUAUUAGUUAUAUACAUGGCUGUGAAUGUAUUUUCAAUAUUGAUAUUUUAUAGGCUACAAAUAUCAUUUAAACUGUGAAAUGUAUAUGAAGAUUGUAAUA